AUGGCCUCUUACACUCCUUACAGUGGCUACGGCAAAGCCACUCCAUCUUACGCAGGCUCCUACUACGAUGAGAAGCAGGCCAAGACAUAUGCAGACUAUCAAGAAUCUGUAUAUGAUGAACAAAAGAAAAUUGAGAAGAAGGAACGUCGGGAUGCCAUCUAUUGUGAGGUAAUAGCCCUCAUCAUCGGUUUCGUUGGACUAAUCGGAGUGGCAGCCGUAACAGGCCUGCCGAUGUGGAAGGUAACAGCCUUCAUCCAGGAGAACAUCAUUGUCAUGGAGACCCGCUGGGAGGGUUUGUGGAUGAACUGCUUCAGACAAGCCAACAUCAGGAUGCAGUGCAAGGUGUACGAUUCCCUGCUGUUCCUGCCCCCAGACCUCCAAGCUGCUAGGGGUCUGAUGUGCAGCGCUGUGGCCGUGGCCACCAUCGCCCUCAUCGUUUCAGCCGUCGGGAUGAAGUGUACCAAAGUGGUGGACCAUAGGGCCCGCACCAAGCACAUUGUUCUCGUGGCUGGAGGCUGUCUGUUCCUUUUGGCUUGUGUGACUACCUUAAUUCCUGUAUCCUGGACAGCCAAUGUCAUCAUCAGGGAUUUCUACAACCCUCUGCUGAUCGAUGCCCAGCGCAGGGAGCUUGGGGAGGCUCUUUACAUCGGCUGGGUGACCUCAGCUUUGCUUUUCACUGCCGGAGUGAUCCUGCUGUGCCGUCACGCUCCCCGAACCCAGGACCCAGAAGAGAGGGUCAUUUACAACCCCAAUGGAAAUAUCUACCAACCUGGAUACGCCUACCAGCCCCAGACAUACACGUACCAGCCAGCUUACAGCUACCAGCCUGCCUACUCAGCACCCCCGCCAGGAUCUGUAGCAUACACACCAACUCAUUACUAG